UUGUUCUGCAUAAAAAUGCCUGAUUAAUUUAAGAAAUAUGCGAAAAAUAAGAACAGACCCGUAUGGAAUUGUCACAUAAACAGGUUCUCUGGCUAACCGCCAUGGCUUUGCCUUUGUUUGUGUAAAAAAACCUUCGUCUUCUAGAUUAAAACUGUGCUGAGUUUCUUCUGCGGAUUCUUGCAAAACCUGAAUUAAUAACAGAAACAAAGCAAGCAACACGCUUAUCGGAUCGAAUUGUGUCUCUUAGUAGCGGCGCAUGGGCGAAGUAAAUAUACGUAUACUCUGUUCGCUCCAUACAUAUGUAUGUAUGUCCCGCAACAACGUAUUAAGAUAAGUGUGUUUAUGUGUUCCUGCCUGCCUGCCCUCUUAAAUCACACUAAACGCAAAUGCUGUUUUUUCUACAGAAAAAAAAAACGCUGCUAUUGUCCAUAUACCACAAAGUAUCGAAAUGAGAUGUGGAAUGAAAAAGAGAUCCAAAGUGUGACCUUUACAGCAACGACGACACAAAGCCAAGAGCCAACACUGCUGGCUGGGCUGAUCUAUUAGGAGAAAAACGACCGCAACAAGUGGAAGAAGUGAAUAAAAAAAAAUAUGGAAUAGAAACAACGCAAAUCACUCGCAAAGAUCGUAAUUAUUUAUUAGUUGUCGGAGGGUCGGUCGUCUGUCAGUCGAUCGGCCAGUUGCUGCCGUUCGACCAUCGUUGCACGCUGUCUAAGCUUUUAGAAAUAAACAAAUUGAAGUGAAGUUAAAAAAUGAGAAAAAUUCAAAAUGGUUAAUAAAUGCCAUUGCACAGCAAUGGCCACAAAGUCGGUGAAAAAAGAAACUUGACUUCGAAAUACCCAGCGAGCUAGCCAGCCAGCCAGCCAACAAAUGUUGUGGUCUGAAAUAAUGUAUAUUGUUGUUGAUGUGAAUCGUUUUCGCGAAUUUGUAACUUGCCAACAUAACGCACGUCGUCAGAGAAACAUACGCCAACAGUCACCAAACUACCAUCACAUACUACAACGCUUCUUCAUGCAUUUCUAAAGAGACUCCUUGAAAUUUGGAGAAUUUUGGUAUCCCCUGCAACCUACAUCCAAAGGCCGCAGUGCAGAUAAAUAUCAACAACGACUUGUGCUUCGGGCCGUCUUCUACGCUUUUCUUGUGUCGGUGCCGCCCCCAAAAACAGGAAAAUAAAGUUGCAAUAUUCGUCGUUGAAUCUAAAUAAUGACUUUGCCGGCCAGGAAAGAGCCAGGUCAGCGCAGUCGACGUCGCUGCUGGUCUUUUCGAAAUGUUGCCAAUUGCGCAGCCGACACACAACCGCUACUAUUCCUAAUUGCAAUGCUGUUGACGAUGAUGUCGAUGAUGGGUAGCAGCGCUAAAGCACAAGAAUAUUAUGUGUCCAACCCAAACAACCAAAACCGAUUUGUGCCAUCUUCCCAAUACCAGAACGCGCGUCAAUACCGAAGCGGGGCUGGACAACCUGGCUCAUAUCAGGAGCAGAUCCUCUUUAUUGGCAAUGAGGCAAAACAGCAAACUCAACAAUUGACCUCUCCUGCCUACUCACCUUUUGGGCAACAGCAAUACACGAAUAAUCGAAACAGUGAUUACUAUGACGUUUCUCCCAGGCCCUUUGGUGUACCUGGAACGGCUAGUGCAUCUUUAGUACGUCCCAAAUCAAGCUUCAAGCCGAGCAAUAGUUUUGUAUCCCAAAAAGCCAAUGUGCCACAUCAGCAGACUCAGUUUCUGCAACAGUUCAACGAACCAGCAGAUAAACCACAACCAUCCAGUCGUUUGCCCUCUACAGGAUUUGGCAGCUCUGCCGCCCGACCAUUUGGAAAUGGAGGUUUCCAGCCGAGCUCGAUUGCAAAUCGCAAUCGACCAGUUGCGGCUUCAGUAAGCAAUUCUGAAAAUCCUGUUGGACCAGUGGCACCUCAACAACUGCCAUUCCGCAACACUAGAACCCGAUUCCAGUCGUAUGCCGCCGGCAGUACCAGCACAUCUACCGAAGCAUCGACUACAAAGCGAUUUAACAGGUACGGCUCGAGUAGGAAUGGCUUCAAAGCUCCACCAUCACCAAGCAGCAUUCGGUCUAACAAUCCAGAACUGAGCAGAACAAGUCAAAAUAAGUUCUCCAGCCGCAGGCCUGCUUUCAUAAGCCGUGAAGUUAACGAGCCUGUGCAAAAUACCAAAACACAAAAGACAUAUGCCCCAAAGUCGGGAAGGGUGAAACUGCCUAUUAAGAACCAGUUGUUGAAGCAACAGAUUUCACAGUCCUCGUCGCCGUUCAGACCAGCAUUGCCGCAAACGUUGCGCAACCGAAAGGAGAAUGAAAGUGCAAGUCAGGAGUAUGACGAAGAAGAGGCGGGUGAAAAUAUGGGGGAGGAGCAAAAGGAACAGCUAUUAGAAAAAUUGCAGCUUCAUGAGGCUGAGCAAACACCAUCGGUGUCAAAACAAACAGAACUAACGAUAACAACAACUGUCAGUCCUGAUGGGGAGAGCGAGGAAAAUACCACCCUUAGCAUUGAGCAGGGAGCAGAUUCCAGUCACGAAAGCGACGAUGAAGACUAUGACAAGAAUUACUCUGAUGAAUAUGUACAAAGCCAGGAAGUUGGAGACGAAAGUAAAGAGGGGGAAACCACUGUGGCGCCAGCUGAAUCAGGAGAGAACACAACAAUAAAAACCUCCCAGUCAGAAGAAGAGUAUCAUGAGUUUGAUGAUGAGGAGGUAGAAGCUACAGUUCUUCCUAUUACGGACCCUACGUUAGCGAAACAAAAGGAAAACGCUGUAACAACAAUCUCAACAACGGAGCGUUCGAGAAAAGACGACCUUAGUACGGCCACGGUAAUCAUAACUACGACGGAAGCGGCCAUCGUUGACAAUUUGAAAGCUGAAAAUGUUAAUGACUCCAGUGCCGAGUAUGACCAGGGCGAAUAUGGAGAGGAUGAAGAAGAAGAGAAUAGUGACGAAGGGUAUCAACAAGCAGAUCGUGAUACCUCUUCUUUGACAUCUGAAGAACGGCAAAAAGUGAGUGGGGUCACCACAACUACUCCGGAGCCUAGUUUGGAAAUUCGAGAGAUAAUUUCGGUUGUGACAAGUAAGAGCAUUAUCAACGGUUCGACCGCCAUCAUAUUGCCUGUGACUCCCAGAAGUACAACAUUGUCAAUGGAAGAAGAAACUAUCUUUAAUGAAACCAAAUCUGCCCCGGCAUCCGAGGAGUACUACGAUGACUUAGAGGAAAGCACAACUCCAAAGCCGUUGGCGCCGACCGAAGAUUCUGUCAAUAAUGUAACCGAAGGCUAUGUGGUUGUGGCUUCUAUCCAGACUAGUCGCAGCAUAAAUGGUGCUCGCUUCUUACCCUUCCCAGCAAUCCAACAAGAGGAGUCCAAAAAGUCUCUAUCCGAGUUAGAACGAAAUGCAAAAGCGAAGGCCACAAAGAAGGACUUGGAGCCAGUUUCGGAACAGAUAAUUGAAAGUGGAGAAGCAGAUAAUCUUAAGCCGACAUCGCAUUCGGACAUUUCCUCGGAAAAUACAACCCUGCCGCAGGCCUCAUCGUCGACAGAGAGCAUUAUCGACAAGUUAGAUCGCGUCCAGUCUGAACUAUCCAGUGGCCUCUUGGCAGGAAAAUACCCAAUCAUUAGCCAGAUGGACUCAUCCACCCAGUCGACCACAUCUACUUCAGGUUCAAAAUUCGCACCAAAUAUCCGAAAAUUUCAACCAAAAUCGACACCAGCCCCAAAAGUUAAGGUACACCAUUUCGACGAACCACCACCUAAUGUUAAAGUCCACCAUUUGGACGAAACUGAAAUGGACGAACUGUCCAGCCUGCUUCCAGUAGGCUUCAAAGCCAGAACUUCCUACAAGGAUCGUAAAAUUACAACGACUACCGAAAAACCCACACAAACUCAAACGGACCUCAAAAAGCCUCUCCGUAAUUCAACCAUUAGCAGAUCGUUUAAAAAUACUGGUGCUGCCGCGCAAGACAUUUCCUUGGCAGGAUUAUUGCCAAAGGGAUACAAAACACCCACAUCGACCGAGAAGCCAACGAACGAUUUGCAGGAUAUAUUCAGCAAAAUUAAGUUCGAUGACAAUCUUGAUAAAUUGCUACCGAAGGACUACAAAAAGCCAAGCUCGACGACAAUAAAGCCUGAAGCCACUAUUUUGGAUGAUAUUUCGAAAUUUUUACCGCCAGACUACAAAUUAUCUACAUCUACACCACCAACAACGAGGUCGGAAAGCGCAGAGUCCUCCCUGUCCAAGCUCAAUGAAACCUUGAGCAAUGCACUGCCCGCCGCCAACAGAACAGUCGUAGAUGAUACUAACGAAAAGCGAACCGACUCGAAAGUACUAGCAUCCAUAGUACCCAAGUUGGAAACAGAAGACAUUGCUAAAUUCUUACCUCCUGGCUACAAAUUAAGGACCACAAAAAAACCAAUCCCAAAGAUGGGGUCAGAAAUAAUCGAUGCAUCCCAACUUUUACCAACGAAAUCUGAACCAACUGAAACAAAGGAUCAAGAAUCCGAUUCUAUUUAUAAAAAAAUACAGUUUAAAGAAGUGGCAUCCUUACUUCCGCCCGACUAUAAACUUAACAGCAGCAUUACGGUGGAAUCAUCAUCUGAAGGCACAAGCACCAGUACUAGCAGCGCCACAAGCACGACGAGCGAAAAAAGCUCCGAUUUGACUGAAAGUACAACCAGUAGUGGUUUCAAAGUUGUUUUCCCUAAAGGAUUCCACAAGCGCCUAGGAGCACAUAGGUUGACCACGCCAAAGUCCACCGAUACUGGCGAUGGAGCCAAUUCACCGGCCAUAGUUAUUAAGAAAGGCCCACCAACACGAGCCACAACCGAGUUCACUGGUUGGCCUACGCCCUCAACAACCCCCAUAUCCAUUGAAAAACUUUUGGAACAGGCUAAGACUGCCACUUUAGACAUUGACGAACUGCUCCUCAUCUCAUCAACAACAUCCACCACUACCACGACAACGACAACCACCACCACUACAACCCCAAAGCCAACGAAACCAGGCUUUUGUACAAUCGAUUGUGACUUGGCUGCCACUAUCAAAAUCAUUGACGGUGUGUCCUGGAAACCCGAAUUAUUGGAUCACAAUACGGUGGAAUGGAAAAAUCUAGCCAGAGAGGUGGAAGCGCAGUUAAACGACGUGUAUUCCACGGCUCCGCAAUUGAGUAAGUGGUAUAAGAAGGUUCGCAUUGACAGCUUUAGCAGGGGCAGUGUCUUGGUCGACUAUUAUGUAGAAUUGGCUAACAUUACCAAAGAAGUAAAUACUUUGGAAAUAAAAAAGCUCUUUCACGAUGCUCUAACGCCACAGGCAGUGGCACCCCCUGAAACAGAGAACGAAACGGACAGCGGAGACGACGAGCAACACCUUGCAGAUGGACGAGGCGACAAACUAGUCAAAGAAUCAUUUGUGAUGGGAAAAUAUGUCAUAGAUCCCAUAGCAACUGAUUUUUCAGUUAUACCAAAAUCGUUGACUCCCAAUGUUGAGUUUGCCGAAGAAGAUUUGCUGAUACCACAAUGGGCUAUCGUGGUGAUUGUGAUUGGCGUUGGCUCAUUGGCAUUUGUAGUUAUAUUUGGCGUUACAGUGCUGCUCAAUCGGCAAAAAAGGGCAAAGAAAGCACCCAUUCCCCUGACAAAUGACAUGCUGAAUGAAUUGAAAAUCAAUCACAUGGGAGGUGCCGACAAUUAUGGGGUAGACGAUUUCUAUAACAUAGACGACGCUUGGAAUGACACAAAGCAACCCAUCAAGCCAAAGCGAUUCACUAACUCGAUGCACGAUAGCAAUGGUUCAAACAUCUACGACAGUUGGCGGUCCAUUCGCCACGGCGACUAUUACUACGACUCGCAGAAAGGAGACUCCUUACAACGAUCCCUGAAGCACCAUCCCCAUUCGCAGUACCCAAAUAGCAUACAGCACCAGCAACAAAUGUAUGGCCAUCAGUAUCCUGAUGCAUUUGCGGAUGCGCAUCAGAUGUAUACAUACAACAAUCAGAAUGGUGGUGGCAGAUCUCGCUACCCGCGAGACUAUGAUCCCGAUUUCUAGUAUCAAUACCUAACUCUAGUUUAAAUGUAAAUAAUGUUCUAUUAACCAUACUCACCAUGUGUAAAUCAAGGUCUUGUUUAGUACUCUAGAUGUUAUUUUCACCCAGCAUUAUAAAUUGUUUCUAGACGUAAGAUUUUUUCUAUACCCCAUAUUUAUUGAAAUAAAAACAAAUGGUCAAUA